CCGUAACCACCCUGCACUCUGGCGCCGGCGGAACGGAAGUGGCCGUAUUCACUAUGGCGGCCGCCUGCGGGAGAGCGCUGCUGCGGGGCGCCCGGCCCGGCCGGUGGUUUUCUUCCUCGACGUGUCGAAUGAGCAGCGACGGAGAGUCCACAAAAUUCCAGCCGCCCCCGAAGCCCAUCAUUAUUGACAAGCAGAGGCAGAGAGAGGAGAGGAGGUUUUUGAGCCCUGAAUUUAUACCUCCCAGAGGAAGAACAGAUCCUCUGAAAUUCUAUAUAGAAAGAAAGGAUAUGGUACAGAGACGAAAAGUCUUCAACAUCCCCGAGUUCUAUGUUGGCAGUAUACUUGCUGUUACUACUGCAGAUCCGUAUGCUGAUGGCAAAACCAACCGGUUUGUAGGGAUCUGCAUUCAAAGAGGAGGAAGAGGGCUUGGUGCUACCUUUGUGCUUCGGAAUGUGAUAGAAGACCAAGGUGUUGAAAUUUGUUAUGAACUGUACAGUCCUCGGAUCCAGGAAAUCACGGUUCUGAAGCUGGAAAAAAGGCUGGAUGACAACCUGAUGUACCUGAGAGAUGCCCUUCCUGAAUACAGUACUUUUGAUAUGAAUAUGAAACCUGUGCCUCAUUUAGACCAUGAAGAAAUUCCUGUAAACAAGGUAGGAGUUUAAUAUUUUAGUGGGAAC